AUGGACAGAGGCAUUGAAUUUGAAGUCCUCGACACCCAUGGUACUGAGUACCAUCGUUGGAUCUCGGACAUAGAACAGACCUUCAUCGCUAAGGAUCUGACCGAGACCAUAUUCCCCGAUCCAGAUCAGGAACCGCCUAGCAAGAGAACAAAAUCUCAGGCACUAAUGUUCCUUCGUAAGCAUAUCGAUCCCACACUGCGCAGGCAAUAUCAAUCCAAGCACGAUCCAAAAGAUCUGUGGGAUGCCCUUGCCGAACACUUCGGCAACAUUCACUCGACCUUGCUCCCAGAACUAAUUGCUCGCUGGGAUGAAAUCCGACUUUUGGAUUACAAGAAGGUCGAUGACUUCAACAGGGAUAUGCUUUGCCUACAAGCUUAA